AUGCUCGACGACCUCGUCACGCCAAAAGUGACCCCGAUCAAGGACCCGGCGUCGAAGCGAAGCCUCGAGGCUAGCGGCGAUGAGAACCUACCACCCGAGGUCGUCGCGCUGCAGCCCCUCGCCGUCAUCGACCACAGCGCCAAGGUGGCCGAUUCGUUCUUCAAGUCCCUGGACGGCGAGACGGGCGGGAGCGUCCGCGUCGGCCCCGACGACCUGCAGCGGCUCCUCAUGCGGGUGGGCGAGUUCACCACCAAAGCCGGCGGGUCCGCCGCGAACACCGCGCGCGGCCUGGCGCACGGUUUCGACGUCCGAACCGCUCUGCUGGGCGCCGUCGGGCAGGACGAGUGGGGCAAACUCUUCGUCUCGUCCAUGAAGCGAUCGGGCGUGGACACCUCUCUGCUCGAGGUCAAGGGCGAAAAGUCGUACACGGGCAGGUGCGUCUGCCUGGUCGAUAAGACCGGCCAGCGCACGAUGAGACCGUCGCUCGAGGACGCCAUCAGGCUCCAGCCCGACGAGGUCACGGCGGAUCAGUUGCGAGGCGUCAAGUGGGUCGUCGUCAACGGGUACAGCUACUACGGCCUAGGUCUGAUGGAAGCCACCGUCGCCGCCGCCACCGCCGCCGGGUGCAAAGUCGCGAUGCACCUCGCGUCCUUCGAGAUCGUCCGUAAGUUCCGGGAGCCCAUGUCCAGGCUGCUGGCGUCCGGCGCGAUUCACGCCGUCUUUGCCAACGAGGACGAGGCGAGGGAGCUCGUCGGCGGCGGCGUCGGCAGCGAUUCCAUCGAGACGGAUACCAAGAUCGAGGCGGCGCUGGCCAAGCUGGCGGAGUGGUGCGACAUCGCGGUGGUGACCCUGGGCGAUAAGGGCUGCGUGGCGAUGCGCGGAACCGAACGCGUGGAGCAGAAGGCGUUCAAGGGGUUCGCGGUGGAGGACACCACGGGCGCGGGCGACCUGUUCAGCGCGGGCUUCAUGUACGGUUUGCUGCGCAACGCGUCGCUGCAGAGGUGCUGCGAGCUCGGGUGCCUGUCCGGCGCGGCGGUGGUCCAGUCCAUGGGCGCGGAGAUCUCCGAGGAGGGGUGGACGUGGGUUCACGCGCACAUGCACGAGGGAAGGGCGCAGGCGCUGGUUCGCGGCAGCGCCGCCGCCGUGCAGCACGAGCUGCUCGCGUGCUACGAGCUCAUCGAGUCCAUCGGUCGCGGCGUGGUCUACUACGGCAGCGCGAGACUCAAGGCGGAUAACCCGCACUUCGUCAAGUCCAGGGAACUCGGGAAGAUGGUCUCGGAGUUGCUCGGGACCCCGACGUGGACCGGCGGCGGGCCGGGAAUGAUGGAGGCGGCGAGUUUGGGCGCCAUGGACGCCGGAAAGGCAGUCGCGGGCAUCCGCAUCGAGCGCGAAGCCGGCACGAAGGUGAGGUCCGCCGCCCAGAGCUACCUCAAACCCGAGCACACCGUGUUCUGCAAGUUCCUCUCCCCUCGCAAGGUUGCGCUCGUCGACGCGGGCGUCCGCAAGAAGGCGGAGGAUCGCACAGCGUACGUGUUCCUCCCCGGCGGCCUCGGAACGAUGGACGAGCUCUUCGAGCUGUUCACGCUGUACCAGCUGCACAAGCUCGGAACCGACCACCCGGUGCCCGUGAUUAUCGUCAACUACGACGGGUUCUACGAUUGCCUGCUCAACUUCGUGGAGACGAUGCAGGGACACGGCACGGUUGGCGCGGGCGAGUACGACCAGAUGGUGGUAAAGAACACCAACGAGGAGGUGGUGGAGUACCUCAGGGAGUACUACCAAAUCUGA